GACACAUUACUUCACCAAUACAGUGAGUUUCUCGACACGCUCGAGGCCCCACAUUUUGAAUCGGUCCAGAAGAAACGGCGUUUUCUCAGCAAGGCCAUGGAGUUCUUCAAGCAAGGCUCCAUCAUGUACCGCAAGCGGAAGACCGAUCCCCCUCAGCGCGUGGUGCUAGACCUGCCAGAACGAGGCACCACCAUAUGCCGCGCCCACGAC